AUGGCGUCGACCCCUCCUCCGCGUAUCCUGCCCAAUUAUGGAGCCAUCGGUGAGAAAUUUCAGUUUCUUCACAGUUUUAGGAUGUUUUUGGAAGCGAUUCUUCAAGGGAUUUUCCAGAAUUUUUCUCUAGAAGUUUUUGAAAUUUUUCGGAGUGUUCGAUUCACGAGAUUUUCAAGGUGUAAUUUUUUAUUAAAUCUGUAUUUUUUGGCCUGAAAUUUUUCAGAAGCUGUUUUUUUGAGCUUCAAAGGUAUUUAAAAAGUUUUAUUAGGCAUCCAAACUUUUUUUCGAAGCUUCAAAAGCUUAUUUUUCUUUCUAGGGAUUUUUUCAGAUUCAGUAGAAGUCGAUUUUAUAAGCUUGAAACAGAGUCUUUCCGGAAAAAAAUUUAAAAAAUGGCGAUUUUUGAAAAUUUUGUAGAUCUGGAUCAGAAUCUUACUUAUUUUUGACCUUGAUCUGAAAUGAAAAUCAGAAAAUUUCUGGUUUUUUGAUAUUUUUUUUUAACUGUACUCUCUACUGUUCGAAUUUUGUCGAAAAAUUCAAUCUACAACCAAAAGGAUUGGUUAAAUUUAAAUCAGAAAGGUCCUGGAACGAUUUACGAAAUAGUGGGAAAAAAAAAUGAAGAUUUUCACAGAAACUCGGUAGUUUUGCUUGGAAAAUGUUAGCUAAAUAUCUAUCUUGAGCUUUAAAAAAAAAACGAAAAAUCGCAAGUUGACGCCCAUUUUCAACCCAAACACUCGAAAAAUUGCUCUGUUGGGACCAAAACUACUCAUUUUUCCUCUUUUCUCACGCUUUGUUCUUCCGGCCAUCGUAGUAUUUUUCUUCUCCUUUUUUUUCUGCUCGAUUUAACGCCCUUUCUUCUUUUUUCCUUUGUCUCAGAAAAAAGGUUUCUGUGACCGCUCGUUGCCGAAUCUGACGCCUUUUUCCGGUCUCAAAAUGUUGUCUUUUUCAGAGAAAGUGACUUUUCGGAGUUCAAACCAUUUUUUGUUAUUUUUUAUUGAUUUUGAAGACGUUUUCCGUCAAUUUUUGUUGUUUGAACUUUUCUUGAGCUUAUUUUCUGCGGUUAUCGAAGUUUUUUAAACUUCAAAAAUAAGUUAAGAAGGUUAUUCUAGUCUACACAAUUUUUAGACGCUUAUAAUUAAUUCUAUAUUUUUAUUCAAUUUUUCUAAGGGUUUAGAGAGCUUUGUUGACUAAUUUAACUGCGCAUCAACUCUCAGAACCUAUCCAGACUGUUUUAAAUCACUCUAAAAAUCUUUUAUUUGUGCUUUUUCACUCUGUAUCAUUUUUCUGAGUAAGCUAGAGCUUUUCUUAGUUAUUCAAUUAACUGCGCAUCAACUCUCAGGGUCUUUUUUCAGUACGUUCUACUCCGUAUCAUGUAAAAGUUGAAUUUUCAAAUAUUAUGGCUUAUCUUCAUUAUUUACCUUACUAAUUUACAUUUUUUUCUACUCAUUACAUUAAACAACUUUCUUAGAGUUCAGAGCUUUUUCUAGUUGUUGAAUUUACUGCGCAUCGACUAUCGGGGCCUUUUUCAGUACGGUUCACUACGUAUCAAGUAAAAGUUGAUUUUCAAAGAAUAUCUCUCAUUUUCAUUAUUUACCUCACAUAGUUCAGUCCUUCCUGUUACUUCAAAAACCUCUCUUCCAAGUUGACAGCUUUUCCUUGUCAAAUUAACUGCGCAUCAACUUGAUUUUUGUCCAGUUUUUUUUUACUCCGUAUCAAGAAAAAGUUGAUUUUCAAACAUUAUGGCUUAUCUUCAUUAUUUACCUUUCCAACUAUCAGUAAACCCUUUUUUUUAAAGUUCAGAGCUUUUUUCGACUAUUUACUCAACUCCUCAUCAACCUUCCCUAACUUUCUGGCGACCCACAUGUUGGGAAAUCCGACCAACCGAAAGUUUAUAUAAGUAAAAAGAAACCGGAACUUGACCUCUCCGCCACACACGCGAUUCGUGUGUGUGUUAUGACGCGAAAACCGUUUACUCCCAUAUGACUCAUUCCGUUUUUUUUUCAGUUUUUUUCUUUCGUCCAUUUGAAAAUUUCCUUUUCAUCCCCUUUUUCCCGUGUUUUUGGCUCGUUUUUUUUGGUGACGUUGAGCAAAUUUAUCAUUGAUUUCUGAUCGUUUGGCUAGAAAAUAACAACGAUACCCAUUUUUGGUGAAAAAUAUUGAUAUUUUUUUUCCUGUGUUCUGAGCUUUUUAUGGUAUUUAUCCCACUAAGAAAAGUCUCAAGUUUGAAAUUUGAUAGGAAAAUUUUGAAAUUUUCCAUUAUUUUGACGUGAUUUUUUUAUGUUAAUUUCGACCCCGAAAAACUUAAUUUUUUUUGGUAAAUUUUUACUUCAAAAAAACUCAUUAAAUUUAAAUUUGCAAGGAUUUUAUUGGUUUUACAGACUUCUUGUAGAAAUUCGAUUAUCAUGUUUCAAGAAAUUUAGUGAAUUUUUUUCCAAUUUUUCCUAAUACUUUCGCUUUUUUCCAUAUUUAGAAAUCAAAUUUAAGGAAAGAUUAAAUGAUUUCAUUAAUAAUUUGAACAGAAAUGUUUGAAAAUUUCAAUCUACAAAGAUCGAAAAACCGUCUCGUCGUCUGUGCCCUCUCCGUUUUGUUCUCUCACUUUUGGCGGGUUUUUGAAAAGACUCUUCUUUCAAGUUUUUUUCAAAAAAAUUAGGCUUCUUUGUUACUAUAAAAAAAUGAGUUUCUUUUUGCUCUUUUAUUUUUUUAAAAAUUCUUUCAUGAGUUAAAAACAGCUUUCUGUCAUUUUCAGUGGAGCAGAACCGAAGUUAAGAAAUUUUAAAAAGCAAUUAGACUUUUUUCUAUGCUUUUAAAUAACACCCAGAGAGCUCUCAGGACAAUAUUUUAUAGUUUUGUUCGUUUUUAAAUCUUCAAGAACUCUAAUCAAUCAAUAAUUUGUUUUCAGCGGACCUUGGAUCAUCGCCGGCGAUCGAGGCGAGCCGCGACAACGACAGCCAAGGUGGUGUCGCGUCGGCGAACACGCAGCAGUCGCCGCAGCGAAUGGACGACGACGAGAUGCCCGGCGGCAGCGGCCGCGUCAACCACGGAGCGACCAUCGAGGGCGAAAUGUCGCGCUCGCGACGCUUCUGCGGCUCGGCAGCCAGCUCCUCCGACUCGGAGACGGCCGACGACGCGCCUCUGCUUGCGGACGCGACCGCGACUCAGCCGGUCCGAAUCGAGAUGCCCGGCGAGAAGCCGUCGUCGCCCCACGAUCGCUUCCCCAAACGGAAGAUCCGCGCACUGGUUCGUUUUUUUCGUUUCGAAGUAUAGUCAAUGUUUCCCGACUUGAAAGGCGAGGGAGGCGGGGCAAGGGGCGGGACGCGUAGCGUGUGCGUACGCGGUUCUUGGCACGAGUUCAAUUCAUUUGCCGCCGACUAUUUAAAAAAAUCUCGGCAACCGCUCUAUUUCAAUGUUUUUCUACUAUUUUUUUGAUGCAAACAUGGAUAUAAUCAAUAAAUAAUUGAAAAAAAGGUAUGAAAAAGAGCAAAAAAACGGGCUUUUCAAAGAGUCGAUGGCGGUUGAAUUGGAAACGUGCCAAGGACCGCGAACGCACACGCUACGCGUCCCGCCCCUUGCCCCGCCUCCCUCGCCUUUCAAGUCGGGAAACAUUGACUAUAGAAGACAACUUUUUGUCCAAGAAGCUUUCUAUAGUAUGUUCAGAUUUUGAAUCAAGUAGUCGCUCAAACUCCGCCCCUUUUGGCGCGAUAAACUAAUUAGAGAACGAGCCUUCCACGGAGCAUAUUCGAAUGACGUCAUUUCACUUGAAAAUCGAAAUCUGAACCUAGUAGAGUGAGAACUUGAUAGAAAGGAUUCUUAGAGGAUUUUCGAAGCAGUUUUUUUUUGGAAAUUUACACUUUGGCUUACAAGUUUUCCUUUAUGAGCAGCUUUUGAAAAAUGAAAAAAAAAAGUUGGUGAAUUUUUGGUGAAUUUUAAUUUUUCGGCCUCAUAUUCUUGCCAGGGUUUCUUGAAACUUAAAAAAAAAUUUCGAAAAAAUUCCCCGAUUUUCAAGCUCUUACUUAGUGAUCAGUUGGAACUACAGCAAAUUUCAGUUUUGAAGAGAAAAUCAGAGAGAUUUAACAAUUAAUGAAGGAUCAAGUAGACCACUAUAGUAGCCACUAAAACCCUAAAGAGUCCACUAAAAAUUUUCUCAAAUUUCUCGUAAUUCUCAAAAAAUGACGUUUUUUCAUCUAGAAGAAUGAGUUUUUCUUUCAUCGUGAAGAUUUCUUGGAAAGGCGGUGAUCUAUGACGUCAUCUUUUUUGGUUUUUUCUACCACAUCUUUUUUGAGAUUCUAUAAAAAAGCUUUAAAAAAUGAACGGAACUGUGAAAUCAUUUAUUUCCUCACAGAAAAGUUUUCCAGGUAGCCGUGGGGAUGCUCGUGUGCGCGGCCGUACUCAACGACAUUGUUCUGUCUUUUGUCCAUGAGAAGGUUCCAAUUUAUUCAAUAAAUUGAUCGAUUAAUCAAUUUUAUUCCAGUAUCCCCUCACCCAGCCGCUACCAGACAUCGUCUUCGACAAUGUUCCCUAUUAUAAAGCCGGCCUGACGAUUUGCGAAUGGCUCAUGCUCGUUUCGUUCUCAUCUGUCGUGGUUUUGAUGAUUGUUCACAGGUAAAAUGGCAUUUCUUGACUUCAUAUUUUUAAAUUUUUUGAACUGUUUUGAAAGGAAACAUAGGGAUACGUUUAAGGUUUGAAAAUAUGAGCAUAAACACGGCGUUCCCAAACGGGGUGGCGAGGCGUCAAACUUUCUGAAUUUACAAAAAAAAAUUAGUGCGCGCUACGGAUAAAAUGCACGGAGUAUCAAACGUUAUUAACUUGUUUUUUCGAUCGCUUUGGGCAGGCUUGGGCGACAGGCCAGGCGGCCCGGCACGGGCCGGCCUGGCCGGGCUCUGGGCCUCAUUUUCAGGAAAAAGCCCGCGUGGGCUCGGGCCGGGCCGGGCUUCAAAAAAAAAUUUAAAAUUUCAUUUAAAAAAUUUUCUCCGAAAUGUGACUUUCACUUCUGAAAUCAUAGUUCUUGUUAAACUUCAAGAAAAAAAAUGAGCAAAAACGUAAUUUUUGUCGUAAAAAACUUGAUAUCCGACUAGAAAAAAAUUGCGCGAUUCGGGCCAGGCGGGCCAUUUUUCCUAGAGGCCCGCUAAGGCCGGGCCGGGCUUACAAAAUGGUCGGGGGGCCGGGAGGGUGACGGGCCGGCCCUCGUACAAGCCUGGCCUUGGGCUGUGUACUGUAGAUUUCAAAUUUCGCGCCAAACUUUUUUUUGACGUCUCCCCACCCCGUUUGGGAACACCGUGAUAAAAUAAAGGGUUCUUUGGGAAUAAAAUUAUUUCAUAAGUCUCUAUCAUACAAGGUUCAUAAAAAUCAGGAAAAACCUUGAAAAAACGAAAAAAAAAACUUCACCCUAAUGUCGGUUAAUUGCGCUCCAGUGUACUCUUUCUUUCUCUGCGCUCUCUCGCUCGAAAGAUUCUCCAAAAAUCGGAAUUUUCCAUUUCUUUUUCUUUUUUGCUUUCGAUUCCCUUGUUUUUUAAGUUAUUCACUAUUUUUGAGCACUUUAUUGCCGAUUUCAAAUUGAAGACUACAGUAUGACGCCUUCACCGUAGAAACGGGUCAAUAUUGAAAAAUAGCAAAAUUAUGUCAGUUAGGCUGUUUAGAAACUGUGUAUUUUCCCUCAUUUCGAAUUAUUUUUGUUGACUACCAAUACAAGUUAUUUUUUUCUCCAUGAAAUUUUGACUAUCAAUACAAGUUCUUUUUUUCCCAAUGAAACAAACUUAUUUUUAUAAUAUCAUCUUACGAAUUUCGUUCGUUCAAUCAUUGAUCUUUGCAGGCACCGAUGGAUAAUGCUCCGGCGGUUGGCGGCGAUCGGCUCGUUGCUCUACAUGAUGCGUUGCGUGACGAUGAUCGUCACGCAGGUCCCCGUAGCGGAUCCUAACUGGCAUUGCGCUCCGAAGCUUGUUCGUUAAUCGACAUUUUGAAAAAUAAUUUUCAUGCCUUGUUCAAAGUGAUUCCGCGAAGUUCAAGAUGCCGUCAGAGACUGAUUAAAAUAACUGAAUCAUCAGGAGACGAAGAUGGUUUUGAAUUUUGCGGAAUUACACGGCAUCAGAAAGAAAAAUCUUUAUUAUUUAAAAAUUUAUUCCUCGCUCGCUCAAACAUAUAUUCCAGGCAGAAAACGCGACCUUCUGGAAGGUUGUACUGCGAGGCGUGGAACUAGUGGCGGGAGUCGGGUUGAACGUGGCCGGCGAAAAGACCCUCUGUGGCGAUUAUAUUUACAGUGGCCAUACGAUAGUCUUGGUCGUCAGCGCGUUGUUCAUGUCGGAGUGUGAGUUUUGA